AGCAGACCGGUCCAACGAGCAAGAAAAAAGGGGCGUGGUAGGCGUGGGACGUGACGUCACACAACGCUUAUUAAGUCAUCUUGUUGUGUAGGAGGCCUUCAACAUGUGCUGCUUACUUUCUCGACAAUUCUUCACCUCGCUGUGAUCUCUCUCCACACCUUUAUCACUCGGGUUUUUUUUGUUUGUUUGCACUUUGUAAUAUACUCUCACAGGUUAUUUUAAUUUUGUUAAAGUGUAAAAGGUGUUUUUUGUGUGUGUGUGGUCUCUAUGGAGAAGCUGGAACGUCACUCUUCAGCCUGCGAGUCACAUCCUUUUUAUCAUGAAGUGAAGAUGAGCAGCACCCAAAGGAUCAGGGGUAUCAUCCUCGGAAGCAUCCUCUUCCCAAUCCGGCUAGUCCUGAUGACCAUCUUUUUCCUCCUCAUGUGGCCUCUGGCCCGCCUCCGCUUGGCUGGCCUGUCUGCGGAAGAGCGCUCUCGUCCCGUCACAGGCUGGCGCAGAUGGCUCUUCCACCCAAUCAUCUGGUUCCUGAGCCGGGCUGUCUUCUUCUCCCUGGGCUUUGUUUGGGUCGAGGUGAAAGGUCGGCGAGCAGAUCUGAAGGAGGCACCUGUUCUGGUGGUGGCACCCCACAGUGGCUUUCUGGACAUGCUGGUUCUGUGUCCCACUCAGCUGCCGACUGUAGUUUCCCGCUCUGAGAACACCAGCCUGCCAGUCAUUGGAGCCCUCCUGGAGUUCAACCAGUCAGUCCUGGUGAGCCGAAGCGAUCCAGAAUCCCGAAGAAAAGCUGUGGCCCAGAUCGCAGAGAGGCUCACCUCUAAUGGGUACUGGCCUCAGAUGCUGAUGUUCCCUGAAGGCACCACAACCAACGGUAGCGCUCUCAUCAAGUUUAAACCCGGAGCCUUUCUCACCGGAGUUCCGGUCCAGCCGGUUCUGUUGCGUUACCCCAACAAAUUGGACACUGUUCGCUGGUCAUACACAGGGACAACAUGGUUUGAGGCACUGUGGCAUACCAGCUCCCAGCUUUACACCAAUAUGACCGUGGAGUUCUUGCCUGUCUACACACCCUCGCAGGAGGAGAGGAACAACCCCAAUUUGUAUGCUGACAACGUGCAGAAGCUCAUGGCGAGGGCCCUCGGCAUACCGGCUACAGACUACGUGAUGGAGGGCGGCGUGCCCGUCUGCAAAGUAGGCUGUCUCUCGCUCCCGCUGGUGUCACCUGGACGUGAAACACUGACUCUGCUGCACAAGGCCGGCUUGGCAUCACACCAAGUGGAAGUGGCACUGGGAAGAAUGAUGACCAGAUGUCAGAAUGACGCCCAGGGAUCAAUGGUGAGCGCCGAAGAGCUCUCCUCUCUUCUCGGAUUAGUGGAUCAGCGGACAGCAGUGAACAUCUGCAGCCUCUACUCCAAGGAAAAAAUGAUGGACCUGAGGCAAAUCUAUUUGAAUGUGGCCGCCCUCUCUGGUCUGUUUAGCAUCAAGUCUCUCCUCCACACAGCCUUCAGUUUGUAUGACACAGAAAAAAGAGGAAGUCUGAGUGCUGAGGAACUGUCCGGCCUGAUGGGGGCACUGUUGGGCUUACGUCAACAUCACACUGCUGAGCUCUACUCUGUGGCCUCCAAAUACGGCCUGUUGACUCAAGAUGACCUUCUGCAAACGUUCACUAGUCACCCGACUUAUCGAGAAGUAGCGAGCAAGCACCUGCAGCCCGACGAGGCGACAAGACGGCUGCUGGCCCACAGGAAGGUUGUGAACAACAAUGGUGACAUGAUCGAUGGUAACAAAUCUCUCAAAAGGGAAUGAAGGGAUUUUUUUUUUGGACACAAUUCCACUUCUGUGACAUGUGGACCAAAAUACUAGUCCCAACAAAACCAAUACUUGAACGGUGUGCCUUUUUUUUUUUUCGAUUUAUGUAAAGUCUUUGUAAAUGUAUUUAUAUUCCUUGUGUAUGAGUGAUUUUAAAAAGGGGUAAGCUGUGAAAAAAGUGUUUUUUUUAUGUAAAUAGCUAAAUUUAUAUUGACACAUGGAAUUAAAUGUGAACUGUUUACUCCUUGUUGACACUUUUAAGAAUGACCUAUUCUGUGUUUUAUCAUAAGCUAUAAAUUCAAGAGUUUUUAUUUGAAAUGUUGUUUUGAAAUAAAAGGGCUUGAAAUGCAAAAUAAAAUAUUUUUACUACUUUA